GCGUGAGAAAAAAACCAGCUAAAGAUCAAAUUGUGUGCAUAAAAUUUUUCUGCUUUGUAUUAUUUAUGUGGAUUGUGUAAAAAUCAAUUGUGGAUAUUUGAAAACAGCAUCCUUAAAAAAGUUUACAGAUAUGUCUUUAAAAAGUUUUACAGCAAACACUUUGCGAGAAUUGAAUGAUAGCGUAAAGACAGUUCUUGGGCGACAUACCAAAAUUCUGGUCAAGUAUAUGAUAAAAUUAGAAACUAAAAGUGAUAAGACGGAAAAUCGUGUACUCGUAUUCACGCCAGUUCGUGUCUAUUUAUUGACAGCUAAAGUUCCAACACGCAUCGAUUGCAGCUUCCAUUAUUUAGAUAUACAGUCGAUUGAAAGUAAAAAGCCAACACAUUUCUCCAUUACAACAACUGAUAAGACUUAUUCGUUUUCCACACUCGGUGAACCUGGAAAUUUUAGUUCCAAUGCUGAUGUUAUACUUACAGACUUAUCGUCAGCGAUUAAACAAAUUUUUCCAACAGUUCCAUUAAAAUAUAUUAUAAGAAAAAUAGAAGUUCAGCCAAUAGAACGAAUAUCCAUAUUUUCUGAUGAGUUAAGACCCGCUGAUCCACGAAACGUUGGACCAUGUGGUGGAUAUAGUGUACAAUAUAAAUGUAUGUGCGAUUUUCAUAAUGUACCGUAUCGGGAAGAGGUUGCAUGGGAUAUUGAUACGAUAUAUCUCUCGCACGACUGCCGCAUACUCAAUUUAAGAGAUUUUGAUCAUCUGGAGCCGAAGGAUUUAAUGGCAAUAGUAUCAGCUCUCGAGUACAACACAUUCUUUCGAGGAUUAAAAGUAUCAAAUACCCGACUAUCGAACGAUACAUUGGAUCGUAUACUCCACGUACUGAAAAGGAGUAUGUGGCUUGAAGAGCUUCAUCUUGAAGGUUUAGGUCUUAAAGCUGAUUUCAUACACAAACUAGCUGUAUCUGUGAUCUCUAAUAAUAAUCCGGCACUAAAAACGAUUGAUUUAAAACAUAAUUUAAUUGAAGACAAAGGAGCUGUUCAUUUAGCUGGUCCGAUUGCGAAAAUAACAAAAGGUUUAUGUAAAUUAUGUCUAUCACAUUGUGGUCUUACAUCCAAAGGCAUCAAUCAAAUCGCACAUUCCCUGUCGCUUAAUCAAAGCAUCUCAAGUUCGCUUACAUAUUUAGACCUAAGCGGAAAUAAUUUGAAAGAUGAUAUAACCAAUUUGAACAAUUUUCUUGCUCAACCAAACGCACUUGAAUAUUUAGAUAUUUCAAAUACAGACACAACAUUGGAAAGUUUAUUUGGUGCGCUCUUAAGAGGUUGCUCAACUCAUUUAGCACAUCUAAAUGUUUCACACAAUUCUUUUGGAACUAAGAAGGGAAAAGAGAUUCCACCGUCAUUUAAGCAAUUUUUCACGAGCAGUUUAAGUUUGAAGCAUUUAAAUAUAGCCAGCUGUAAAAUUCCAUUGGAGGCUCUGAAGCAUCUCCUUUUAGGUUUGGCGUGUAAUGAGUCCACGGCAGGUUUACAUCUAGAUAUCAAUGGAAAUCAAUUGGGGCAGCAAGGUGCCCAUGUUCUUGAGUCGUGUAUUCAUGGUGUUCGUGUUUUACAAAGCUUAGAUAUCGGGGAUAAUAAUCUCGAUUCAGAAAUGGCGUCAGUAUUAACAGCAAUAGGAAAGAAUCCUUCAAUUCGAUCGCUUUUUUUGAUUAAAAGCUUUCAGGGUGUAAAAUUGAAGCACAUUCCAACUAUAAUGGAUGCUCUUGUUAACCUAAUACAAAAAGAUGAUUUUAUGCUGACUGAACUGUACAUGUCUGAGAACAAAUUGAAAACAGACAUCCACAAUUUCAUCAAUGCAUUAGGGAGCAAUCAGCAUCUUCAAGUAUUAGAUAUUUCCGGUAACUUGAUGGGUGAUAUGGGAGCACGACUACUUGCCAAAGCAUUACAAAUAAAUAAUAAAUUAAAGACAAUCAUUAUGGAUCGUAACAUGGUCACACUUCAAGGAUAUUCGGAUAUCGUUUACGCUUUGGAAAAUAAUUACUCAUUAAGACACAUUCCAUUUCCAUUAUUUGACAUUGCACCUAGUCUUAAGAAUCAUCCAGAGAAGACAGAUACUGUCAUGAGAAAAAUGCAAGAAUUUUUGCAUCGUAAUGGUUCGGGAAUAAAAAGGCAGGCAGGUCAGGGAUUUAGACUCCAGCAAGGAUUUCUUCUGUCAGCAACUCAUCAAUUGGUCGAUAAACUAGUUUCCGAAACACAAGAAACAAUUUCUCUGCAAACGUCUGAAAAUUCAGGAGUUCAGCGUUUACUAGAAGAUGCAGAAAAUUGCAAGCAGCUCUUACCAAAACUUCAAGAUUCGGUGCGAUGUGAGCCGCAUCCAAUUGAAAUAAAAUUAACAAGAAUGACGAAUGAAUUGACACAUAGUGUAAAAAUGUAUCUUGAGGAAACAAUGGAAACAAUGCUUAAGACUGGCAUCGAACAAUGUCCCAAAACACUUGGGAAUCAGACUGUUAUAAGUGAGUUGCGUAAGAACUGCGAGGAGCGUCUUCAUAUCAAUGAUGAAUUCCUACAAACUUGCAUUGUUAAUUGUGCGGGUGGGGAGAUAAUGAACAAAAUAAGUGAAGUGGAACAGUCACUUGCUGGCCUCAUAAGUGAUCGAGCAACAGACGAAGUUUUAGAAGCUUUAACAAGAUAUAAAAGGGGUAUGGGAAUUCCAGACUCACCAAAUACUACGCACAAUGAGACACCUGAUAUUGUACGAUCAAGGUCGAGUCAUGAUUCCGUUGGAGAUCAUCACAUUGAUCUACAGAGACACGGAAUAGGUUCGCCAACGGCUGUUCCACACUUCAAAUCGAAACGUCAAUCGAUUGCAAAAGCUCGACCUCAAAGUGUUGUUGGAUUAGGCGCUGAUAAUCUAAGUCUUAGUCAUAUUCCUGAUCUAUUAGAAUCGCCAAGUAUAUCAAAUCGAAGUAAAAUUGAUGAUGAACACUGCGAUUCAAUCACAGAGCUGCCAAGUACAUCUGUAACAUUACAACAUUUAAAUAAGAGUAGACCAAAGAGAGCGAAAGUUCGAGCACCAACAAGACCUCUACUAACAGAAUUAUCACAUAGUCUAGGUGAAGGAUUGGAGACAUUCUUUACCAAACCGGAAUCAGAAGAUAAUACAUUAACGCCAUUAGUAUCACCGACAUCUGAAGAAUGCAGUUCAUUGAGUUUUGUCGACAGUCCAACAAUAAGUCGUGAAGAGAAUAUUGGUGGUAAGAAAAGUACAAUGACAUCAGGAGAAACAACUCCAAUUAUGGAAGAACGUAAAAUUAAGCUGGAACGACAGUCGCCAUUACUCAAAGGAGUUGCGAAUUGGACACCGCGAUCAUUAUCAUCUGAUAAUUUAGAAAAGUGUUCUCCAACAACAAACCGCAAAUCGCCUUUAGUCAAGACAAAAACAGAGCAGCACGUAACUUUUGAGGAAAACUCAAAUUUUGUUUAUACAAGCUUAAAUCCACCAAUUAGAGAAUCUUCCGGCAAAAAAUCACCGAGCAACGAAUCAAUUAAAGCAAUAUAUGAAAAGGCACAUCAAGGGAAUGGCAUUAAAACACCAACAAUGCUUCAAAAACCUCGUCCAUGGUCAGUAUUAGGGCACGAGUCGAAGAAUGAAUAUAACAAUGAUUCAACAAAGACUACACCCGAUGGACUUGAUAAUGAUAAUGAUAUGGUAACUAUAAACCCAGGGGUUGCAUUAGGUGGAGCUAUUUUAGGAAUAACACCAGGUGCUGCACUUGAGAAAAAGUCUGUCAGAGAUCUCGCUGCAAACUUUUCGUCAAAUAAAAUUGUGGAACCAAAGCCUUUACCACGUCACAAUAUCACAAAUAGUAUUUCAAAUAGCAAUAAUAGUACAGAUUCUAAAGAAAACCGAUUGUCAAGUAGUUCUGAUGAAAGUAAUGGUGUCCCAAAUGUACGUCGAAUAGCCGGCAAAAAAAUUUCUGCCUUAUUUGAGGAGACUUUAGUUGAAGGACUUCUUAAGACAUCAAAUACGCAAAGGCUGGGUAACUAUCGUGAAAGUACAGCUUACAUAAAGGACGAUUCUGUUGAUGUGUGAAGAUGAAAAAAAAUAAUAACUAUUUUAUUAUCUAAGAAUUUUUUAGUAGUUUAGGAAUUUACAUAAUGCAUAUUCAUUGAGAAUGAUAUUAGCACAACCGACUAUACAUGGAAAUGAAGGAAACGACGAGAAUUUUAAUUUCUAUGUAAAUGCAUGGAUAUUAAUAAUUGUUAAUAAUUUUGAUUGAUUUCUAAUGGGAAAAAUAUUGGAGUUCUUAAAAUAUUGCUUAAUCAAUAGAGUUGGUAGAGCAAUUGAGCAUAAACAGCAUAGUUUUACAGGGCCGUUCACUUAUGACGUCAAAAGAGGGGGG